AUGCAAGUAAAAAUGAGCAGCGAUCAUCAACAUACUCGUGGCUUCCAGCCACCAUGCACCGUCGAAGAACUCCACCGCCAACCACCUUCCUCCACCAACGGAAACAACCACCCUGAUUCCACCACACUUCGUCUUCCCCACACGUCAUCUCUAAUGGCGCCUGUAGUUGUAACUAACGACCCAGAAUCACCAAUCGCCGACGUUCAUGGUGGUGGAAUCUUUACCAUCCCCACAACUUCUUCCCAAGAUGCAGUAACAGACACCACCACCAUCACCGUGAUCAAUAUCCACCACUCACUCCGCCUAUCAGACACCAAUUCAUCAAGCAAUCAAGAUUCACCAAUUACAAUCAUCACCACACCUCCCAAGGUCCCGGAGCCACCAAGAAGAAACAUCCUACUUCGCCGAUCACAUUUCGAUCCAAUUACAUCUGAUUAUCAAGAUCCCGAGAAAAACAAGUCGCCGCCGGCAAGAGUUUCCUCGCCACCAAACUCAAGAACAUCGACGCCAGGGUCUUCCACCCGUAAACAAAUCCCUCAAUCGAUGUUGAGAAAAAUGAGCGAUAAAGUUAGGGAGAUUAAACAAAGAUUUUGGGAUGUUAUACGUCAAUCUGAAGAACAUGUUGAAGACGACAACCCCCAUCAGGCGAUGGUGGAUCAUGAAAAAGAUGAAUAUCUACUUCUGGAGAGACUUGACGAUGGUGGUUGCCUUCUUCGUUGGUCAUGUGGGAAUGGAAAAGGAAUGUGCAUGGAUGUUGUGUUCUUUCUCUGUGUAUUUCUAACAUUUUCUGUCAUUUUCAUAAUAGGGUUAACAAUUUGCUUUAUGCUUUUUUCAAUUGUUUUUCGAUACGUGUUUCACACAUUGCAUUGA